CUAUCAGUAUUUACAAUACUCAUAUAUCACAAUUAUUUGUUAGUAAGUGCAGAGAGACGACGAGUUGACUAUUUAGUCUUUGAAUUACAUAUGUGGCUGUGGCGCUGUGUUCUACGCCUCUAAGAGGAAGGAAAAUAUGAUGCAGAAUAAACCGCAAGCCGCAUACGUGAUUUUACUCGUCUGCUUUUGCGGUUUUUGUCUCACUAGGUGGCGCUGGAGUACACGUGAUGGCAUCUCAUUUCAGUGGCGCAUUACAGUUAACUGAUUUAGAUGAUUUUAUCACACCUUCACAAGAAUGCAUCAAACCAGUAAAGAUAGAGCGGCGUCCAGGAAAGACUGGUGCCAUCAAGUUGCAGACGGAUGGUACCUAUAUGCAGGUUGAUGAAGAGGCAGGCGUGGAAGUGAAGCUAGAGAAGGCAAAGAUCACGUUGAACGACUGUCUGGCAUGCAGUGGUUGCAUCACAUCAGCAGAGAGUGUCCUCAUCACACAGCAGAGUCAGGAGGAAUUGUACAGGGUUCUCUCUAAGAACCAAGAGAACAGAAAGUUUGGGAUUCACAAUGAGGUGUAUACAGUUGUCAUCUCAAUAUCUCCUCAAUCCCGGGCUUCGUUAGCAACCAAGUAUGGGUUGUCAGUCGUGGAGGCAGCAAGAAAGCUUACCGGAUUCUUCAAAAAACUAGGCUGUGACCAUGUGUUUGACACAACAUUUGCACGAGACUUCAGCUUAAUAGAAAGUCAACGAGAAUUCGUGCAACGCUACAGGAACAGGAACAAGGAAAACAAGUCACUUCCUAUGUUGGCAUCUGCCUGUCCAGGCUGGGUAUGUUAUGCAGAGAAGACUCAUGGCUCAUACAUCCUACCCUAUAUCAGUACAACAAAGUCACCACAACAAAUCAUGGGCUCUCUAGUGAAAGAUCACUUCAGUUCGAUGUUGGGGACAACGCCUGAGAGAAUAUUUCAUGUGACAGUGAUGCCGUGCUAUGAUAAGAAACUGGAAGCUUCUCGUGAAGACUUCUACAGUGAUGUAUAUAGAACUCGCGACGUCAACUGUGUGCUGUCAACGGGUGAGGUAGAUGCAAUGUCACAACAAGAGCAAAUCAAACUUAAUGAUGUAGAGUCGGUUGAGCUUGACAAUUGGUUCAACUGUCUGGACGGUGCAGACCUGGUAUCACAUGAUGGCGGCGGCUCGGGAGGCUACCUAGAGCAUGUCAUCAGAUACGCAGCCAAGGAGCUCUUUCAGCUUGAAUUUUCUGAGCUCAACUAUAAAACGCUCCGGAAUGAAGACUUCCGUGAAGUGACGGUGGAACAAGACGGCAAAAUUCUGCUUCGCUGUGCAUUGGCGUAUGGCUUCCGUAACAUUCAAAAUGUCGUACAGAAGUUGAAGAGGGGAAAGUGCGUGUACGACUUUAUCGAAGUCAUGGCUUGCCCUGUCGGGUGUCUCAAUGGAGGCGGCCAGAUUCGGCCACCAGAGGGAGUCACUGCUAAGGAGCUCCUUUCACAAGUGUCGGACGUGUAUGGGUCUGUGAACUCGAGAACACCAACGGAGAAUGCGGCAGUGGCAGCACUGUAUGGGGACUGGUUAGGAGGUGCAGACAGUGAGAAGUGUCACAACGCGCUUCAUACGAAUUACCACCAGGUGGAGAAAAUGGUUAAUGCACUGAAUAUCAAGUGGUAGUUGUAAACAUCCAGCUACUUAUUAGCACAUGUUAGAGAUAGGUGCCCUAUAUGUAUAUAUAUACAUAUAUAUAUAUAUAUAUAUAUUUAUGAUAUUCCAUGGAAUGACCAUUUUCUUAUGUUCGCAACAUAGACAUAACUACAUACAAUCAGAAGUAGAUAGUAGGGAUCCCCUAUUAUCUACUUCUGAUACAAUGCUUAGUUCAUUCACUAAUGUUGUAUUGCCAACAAGUUCGAGCGAUCUUCAGGAAACUUGUCAUCUUUGCAAUGUUUUGAAAGGAAUCGUUUCGAGGUGUGAACAUUGCUAAGGUGUAUUACAGAAAUGGAUAUAUAUCGUGGAAUGCUGGCCAUUACACAGGCAACUGGCUACAAAAGCUUAUAUUUAUUGUAUAUAUACCUCAUCGUCUUCGGGCUGAAGGGCUCAAAAACAACACGGGGGUAUAUAGAUCGCAUUGGCAUGCAUCAUUGCUGUGUUAUUUUGUGUAACGUAGGGGUAUUAUUAGUAGUGUUCAGUAUUAGAACUGAAAUGCGGUAACGCUGGUAUUUAUCAUUUUUAUACAUCUCUCUACCUGAAUUUCUUCGGGCCCAGGGGCUCAAGUACUGGAGGAGACAGAGGUAUAGUAGAUAUGGCACACCACAUACUACUACGUCAUAAAAGUUUUCUAGAUAGUGUAGAGCUCUAGCAUAGCAUAGCAUAUUGUGUAUAGCAAUUCUGGCAAAGUUAUAGUACGGCCAAUGAACCGAUGUAAACUGUAAUGCCAAAACAAAAUAUGUGUGGUUACCGUUACAUGCUGAAAAAAAAUAGGGUAGGUAGGUAGGGAAAACAUUUUAUUUUCUGGAAAUAUUUUAUGUACGAACAAUGUCCGAAGGAUGUGCGUUGUGUCUUUUGAAGCAGGAACUGUCCAAUUCAUAUUUUUAUUUUUUAUUUUUAUUUUUUUGACUUUAAAGAAAAUUGACAAUAAAAUGUUUAGGGUCGCUGCGAAUAAAUAGGGUCGGUCGGGAAACCGUAACCACACCUAUAUUUUGUUUUGGCCUAAUGAGAGAAUCGUUAUUCAUCCCAGAACGGUGCAGUGUGUAUAGGUGUGUGACAGUGAUGAUGAAGGUUAAUAUUUUAGAGGCUGUGCUUUGUUGGUGAUUCCAUCUAUGCAGAGCAGUCCAUUGUGCUUUAGUGAGAAGUGCGAGUUAUAGAAAUAAACCCCAUGUAAAUAACGCUGCAGUGAAUACAAUAUUGAUUACUAAACAUUA